AUGGAAGCAGAUUUAGAAGAUGAUAUCGAUGGAUCUAUACAUAGUAUUCACGUCCGUAAUUUUUUUUGUCACGAUAAUUUAGAAAUCAAUUUAAAUCGAAAUGUAAACUUUAUAGUUGGUCGGAAUGGCAGCGGUAAAAGCGCUAUUUUAACGGCUUUAGUAGUUGGAUUGGGGGGCAGAGCUUCCGCCACUAAUCGUGGAAAUAAUUUACAUUCAUUUAUUAAGAAAGGCGCCAACUCUGCCACAGUGGAAAUCAAAAUAAAAAACAAUAGUUCAAAAGCGUAUAAACAUAGUGUUUACGGAGAUUACAUAACUAUAGUUAGAAACAUCCCUGCAUCUGGAAGCUCAAGCUACAAAGUCAAAUCGGCAACAGGUGAAGUGAUAUCAACAAAGUUUGAUGAAGUGAAUGCAAUUAUCCUGGCCCAUGACAUACAAGUAGAUAAUCCAAUUUCAGUGCUAAAUCAGGAUGAUGCACGUAGCUUUCACGCCUCGGAUGCAAAAAAGAAAUACUCACUCUUCCGUAAGGCUACAAACCUCGAUCAGACGGAAGCUAAUUAUGUUAGAGCACUCGAGAACUGCCACAAAGCUAUUUCUAUCUGGAAUAGAAAAAAUGACGCUUGUGCAGAAUUAGAAAAAGAAUACAAGAAAUGGAAGAAAAGCCACGAACAGCUUCAAUCACGCGACGAGAUCGAAGCGCUAAAGCAGUCGUUGCAAAAUGAGUAUUACUGGAGUGAAAUAGCAGAGUUGGAGCGGGAGGUCGCCACUGUACAAUCACAGUAUGAAAAACAGAAUGUCAAGUGUGAAAAGUUGAUGGCGACCCUUAAAACUAUGGAGGAACGGUUUGGAGGCGACAACAGUACGCUCGAAGCAUUGAAAAGUCAGCUAGAAGAGAAGACUCUUCAAAAGUCGGCCCUAGAGCACGAUUUGACAAAGGCGGAGGGCGAGGUGCGUAAGUUGCAAGUAACAUGGCGAAGUGAGCAAAACGCUAGAAACAAACUGCAAGAGCUGCUGGCACGCGAGAAGAGGAAAGUUGCAGACUUGGAGCGCGAGAUAGAGAACAUUCAGUCCGGGUCGUCAUCGGCGCGGCGACAGCAGCUAGAGGCGGCGGCGGUGGCCGCGCGGCGUGAGGCGGACGCGGCGCGCGCGCGCUACGACACGGCGCAACACGACGCGGCGCAGGCGCGAGCGCACGCGGCGCACGCGCAGCAGCCCGCCGACGCGGCGCAGGCGCGCGCGCAGCGCCAGCGUGACACGCUCAAACAACUGAAGCAGCAACUUCGCGAGUUGGAAUCCAGAGGCAGCGAUUCCCUGGCCGUGUACGGCAGCAACAUGGUGGAGCUGUGCCAGCGAGUGCGCCAGGCGGCCGCCAAGGGACAGUUUAGCGCACCGCCAAGGGGACCUGUCGGGCAUUAUCUGAAGUUAAAGGAGAAAAAAUGGGGCGGUGCCAUUGAACAUAUUAUUGGCGGGUCGAUACAGUCGUUUUGCGUCAACACACCUGAAGAUUCGAGGAAAUUAUUUGAGAUAAUGGGACAGGUGUACGGCAGGAGUCCGAAACCCGGUGUGACGUGCAGCGAGUUCCUGAGCCGGCAGCACGACGUGCGCCGCAACAAGGUGCGCGCGCCCGGAUACAUGUGUGCGCUCGACGCACUCGACGUCGCCGACCCCGUCAUCGCAAACUUCCUCAUCGACAAUAUCGGGCUCGAGACCAUCCUGCUCGUCGCCGAACACGAGGACGCGGUGCGGCUGGCGGACACGGAGGAGAACGUACCGGAGCGUUGCGCGAAGAUCGUGACGCUGGACGGCACGGAGUACCACCCUGCGCCCAACUACCGCAGCUACGGAGGUGCCGCACGACCCGCCCGUCUACUGCACUUGAGCACCGCCGAGCGCAAAAGACAAAUCAGUGCUGAGAUCCAAGAGGCGGAGGCAGUCCUCAAAGCGUACGAGGCGAAGGCUGAAGAGCUAAACCAGGAGGCGAGAAGGGCUCGCGAACAAGAGCGGGACGCUUGUAGGACUCUGCAGGCGCUGCUCGCCGCGCAGCACGAGCGGGACGAGGCAGCGCGCCGGGCCGAGGCCGCGCUCGAUCAGCAGCAGGCGCCGCAACACGCCGUGCUGGUUGAAGAGUUAAAUGUGUCGAAGGAAAAACUACAGACGUUAAACAAAAAGGCAGAAGCGUGCGCCGAGAAGGAGCAGCAGUUUAAGCAGCACAUCGAAGAGCAAGAAGUGAAGAUAAGGAAGGUCCAACCUGAACUGGCGCAGGUCGCUUCUACUUGCCGCAGUCUUGUUGAAGAAAUUGAACAAGAACAACUGAAAUUAGACCGGGCCGUUUCGGACAGACGCAACUACCAGCAGCGUCUAAAAGAAGAGAAAUCGAAACUAUCCCAAGUGGAUGCUAUUCUGAAAGAUAAACAAGUCUUCGUUGCGAAGAAAAUCGAAGAGGCGCUUACUCUGUGCCCUAGGGUUGAAAAUCCAAGGGAUAAGGCGUUAGUAACAAGCGAGCUUAAGAAGAUUCAGUUAAAGCUGAGCUCUAUCCGUAGCGACGGACUCAGUCGAGCUGAAGUGGCUGAGCGACUGCUUGUUGUAGAGCGCAAAUACCGACGUACAAAGCUCGCACUAGACCGUCUACGACUGCUGAUUGACGACAUUAAAGCCACCACAGAUAAACACCUGAAGUUUUGCCAUAAAGUGCAAACAUACAUAGCUCGCAGAGUGCAAUAUUGUUUCCAGUCAAUAUUAACAUUGAGGGGCUAUUCAGGGCGCAUGGAGAUCGACCAGGCGGGCGGCACGCUGCAGAUCGCGUGCUCGGGGCGCGAGGGCGAGGCGCGGCGCGCCGCCUCCACGUCGUCGCUGUCGGGCGGCGAGCGCUCCUACUCCACCGUCGCCUUCAUCAUGGCGCUCUGGGACUGCGUCGAGCUGCCCUUCUACUUCAUGGACGAGUUCGACGUCUUCAUGGACAACGUGAACCGCAAGAUCGUGGUGGAGCUGCUGGUGGACCACGCGCUGCGCAACGCGUCGCGCCAGUUCGUGUUCCUGACGCCGCAGGACGCCUCCGCCGUGGCCGCCUCGCCGCACGUCUCCAUACACUUGAUGGCAGAUCCUCGCCCGUGA